AUGGUGUAUUCGUUAAAAAAGAACAAAUGGAAAGCAGCUGAGGAACUCCAUCUUGAUAAUCUGGAUCAUAGGAAGAUACCUGAUAUGGCUCGGAUGCCUGUUAACGGAGCUCUUCAUUGGAUAGCAGAUAUGGAAUUUAUGACUUUACCAUCUGAAGACUCAGAAGUUAUUCUUUCUUUUGAUAUCGAGAGUGAGCAGGUUGACCAUCUGAAACUGCCUGACCUGUUCAAUGAAAAUGCUGAAACAAGUUUGUGUGUUUUAGGAGGAUCUCUUUGCUUGCUUGGUUUUGAUCCUAAGGUUGGUGCGGAUGUGUGGGAGAUGAAGCAGGAUGGAGCUGAAAAAUCAUGGACCAAGCUCUUCACCAUUGACCUGCAAAAACAUUUCGGUGGGUUGGCUAAGAAUUUGAUGCCGCUGCAGUGUUUGAAGGAUGGAAAUAUUCUGUCUGGAUUAGACAUGGAUACUGGUUUUCAAAUUGUUUUGUACGAUCCAAAACACAAUACGACUAGUAUUGUCAAGGUCCAUGAAGGUUUGAAGAAUGGCUGUUUACAUAUUUCUGUCUUUGGGGAAAGUCAGUGGAUAGUAGAUGAUUGUCAAAAAUCAACUGGAGUGUUCUUCCAGUUAGAAUCUAUGGCUGUGGUUGAUAUUGCCAUGGGUGCUGUGGUUUCUGCUUAG